AUGGCGUGGUCUGGUGAUGAAUCAGUGAUUGUAACAGACCAGCAGACAGGACAGAAGAUCCAGAUAGUCACCGCAGUGGACGCCUCUGGAUCUUCCAAACAGCAGUUCAUCCUGACCAGCCCAGAUGGAGCUGGAACUGGGAAGGUGAUCCUGGCGUCUCCAGAGACAUCCAGUGCCAAACAGCUCAUAUUCACCACCUCGGACAACCUUGUCCCUGGCAGGAUCCAGAUCGUCACGGAUUCUGCUUCUGUGGAGCGUUUGCUGGGGAAGGCAGACGUCCAGCGGCCCCAGGUGGUGGAGUACUGUGUGGUCUGUGGUGACAAAGCCUCUGGCCGGCACUAUGGGGCUGUCAGUUGUGAAGGUUGCAAAGGUUUCUUCAAAAGGAGCGUGAGGAAGAAUCUGACCUACAGCUGUCGGAGCAGCCAAGACUGCAUCAUCAACAAGCAUCACCGAAACCGCUGCCAGUUCUGCAGGCUGAAAAAGUGCCUGGAGAUGGGCAUGAAAAUGGAAUCUGUACAAAGUGAACGGAAGCCCUUUGAUGUGCAACGGGAGAAACCAAGCAAUUGUGCUGCUUCAACUGAGAAGAUCUAUAUCCGGAAAGACCUGAGAAGUCCUCUGAUAGCCACUCCCACGUUUGUGGCAGACAAGGAUGGAGCAAGACAAACAGGUCUUCUUGAUCCAGGGAUGCUUGUGAACAUCCAGCAGCCUUUGAUUCGUGAGGAUGGUACGGUUCUCCUGGCCACGGAUUCCAAGGCUGAAACAAGUCAAGGAGCUCUGGGUACACUGGCAAAUGUAGUGACCUCUCUGGCCAACCUGAGUGAAUCUUUGAACAAUGGUGACACUUCAGAAAUGCAGCCAGAGGACCAAUCUGCAAGUGAGAUUACUCGGGCAUUCGACACCUUAGCUAAAGCACUAAAUACCACAGAUAGUGCUUCACCUCCAAGCCUGGCAGAUAGCAUAGAUGCUGCUAGUGGAGGAGGGAGCAUCCAUGUCAUCAGCAGAGACCAGUCAACACCCAUCAUUGAAGUUGAAGGCCCCCUCCUUUCAGAUACACACGUCACAUUUAAGCUUACGAUGCCCAGCCCUAUGCCAGAGUACCUCAAUGUGCAUUACAUCUGCGAGUCUGCGUCCCGCCUGCUUUUCCUCUCCAUGCACUGGGCAAGGUCAAUCCCAGCCUUCCAGGCACUUGGACAGGACUGCAAUACCAGCCUGGUACGGGCCUGCUGGAAUGAGCUCUUCACUCUUGGCCUGGCCCAGUGCGCCCAGGUCAUGAGUCUCUCCACCAUCCUGGCAGCCAUUGUCAACCACCUGCAGAACAGCAUCCAGGAAGAUAAGCUUUCUGGUGACCGGAUAAAGCAAGUCAUGGAGCACAUCUGGAAGCUGCAGGAGUUCUGUAACAGCAUGGCGAAACUGGAUAUAGACGGCUAUGAGUACGCAUACCUUAAAGCUAUAGUUCUCUUUAGUCCCGAUCAUCCAGGUUUGACAGGCACAAGCCAGAUUGAGAAAUUUCAGGAGAAGGCACAGAUGGAGCUACAGGACUAUGUGCAGAAAACCUACUCAGAAGACACAUACAGAUUGGCCAGGAUCCUUGUCCGCCUGCCAGCACUCAGGCUCAUGAGCUCCAACAUAACAGAAGAACUUUUUUUUACUGGUCUCAUUGGCAAUGUUUCAAUAGACAGCAUAAUUCCCUACAUCCUCAAGAUGGAGACAGCAGAAUAUAAUGGCCAGAUCACCGGAGCCAGUCUAUAGUGCACAGCUGGCAGCUGCCAACAGUGGGAUGCCUCCUAGGACUGUGCAGGUGCAAGGGAAGGGAAAUAGCAGUGUCUUGGUGUGUGCAGGUGUCUCCAGUGUGUUAGCCACUUCCUCCUGUUCAUCCCAGACAAUAACAACUAAAGACAGUAGAACGCUUCCCUGCCCUAGGAAAUGUUUUAAUGCCUUUUGGUGAAGCAGAUUUUGGAACAAUCUUUUAAUUCAAUUUGUAUUUAGAAUUUCUCAAAGGGCAAAAAACAAUGCUGAAGUUUUAUAAUGUCAGAGACUAGUAUUAAAAGAACCUAAGAACAGUAUGUAAAUACAUUUAAAGAGGAAAAAAAAAAAAAGAGUCCUUGGAAUUAAUAGCUACUAAUUACCAAGGUAAUGUUAGCACUUUCUAAGCACUUCUUAUCAGCUCUGCAAUGUUAACAUCUUGCCCAUGGACAGGGCAAAUGGAAAACUGUGUGUCUCUUUUGUCAAAAUGCUAAUGAUUUCUGUGAAAACUCACUGGGAUACAGGAGACAAUCGUUCACAUUUAAAAGAGAGCAUCACUUCUGUCUUUGUGCAGUGGUGGUGCUAAGCUAAAUUCCUGUGAGGGAAAUGUGGAUUACUGGCAUUGUAUAUAGGUGACACAACUGGCAUUGACCCACUAAGAGCUGCUGUGCCAGCCAGAGAUGUGUAUCUGCAGACUCUUCCAGAACCUGGGCUUUACUGAUUUUCAGAAUUCGAUUGCAGCUUGUCAGAGUUCAUGUGAUGAGAGUAGUUCUCCAGGAGAGUAGUUCUCCAGUGUAUGCCCAGCUCCCUCUACCUUUGACCAGAAAGUGCAAGGUGGAUGAUCUGCACCCUUUGACAACACUUCAUGAGUAUGGGGGCAGUAAGGAUUCUAUUGCUAGCGUGCCUGGAAAGGAGCCAGGAUCUGUGAUCAUUAAGAACCUUCAGCUGAAUGGUGGCUGUGUACCCUUGCUGCCUGGUGAGGGAGUGAGCCUUAGAUAGCUGCACAAAAGGCAUCAAGAUAAAUUCUUUCUGAUCUUAAAAGUAUUAGUGGUUUUCGGUGUACUGGGACCCCAUGCUAUUCAGUUCCCCCAGGUGUGUACUAGUCCACCAAAGCUCUCCAGGAUGUUUGAAAUAAUAGAAGCAAACCACCCUCUCUUUCAAAAGAGGAUCUAAAAGCAAUCUUCAGACAGGGCACAUAGUGCAGGCCUGUAACCUUAGCACUUGAGAGGCUGAGGUGGGAGAAUUGUAGAUUCAGGGCCAACCUGAGCAACUUAAUGAGUAAACUCCUUUUGAGUUUUAAAGGGGUCUAGGGGGGUGGGGUGGGGUGGUGACUUAGUGGUAGAGCACUUGCCUA